UGCGAGUCAAAUGCAUGCAUGCACUCCGUCGACGGAUUAGGUACUUGUCUACCUGUGGUUUACAUAUACGAGACGGGAUCGCCACUCCAAUCAUCCGGCGCGGACAAUGAGUGACAAGCUUAUUGCCGGCGCAGGUCGGGAACGGAAAACACCAACAAAGGUCUCCCCAUGGGAUCCCGCCGAGAAUCCUCCCUCUGUUCAACCUUCCGAACUCCUGAAACGGAACCUCCGCGGCUUCUCUACACUACGGACUCCAACCCUCGAGUCUGGUGAUCCUUUCAAAUGAAGCAGACCUGACU